AUGCACCGAAAAUUUCCAAGGCUCUAUGGCAGCCGUCCAAUUGACGCACCUUAUCAAGGAUUAGGGAUUCCACUUAGUAGCACUUCCCACAACCUGGCCAUGCAUUCAGAUGAAGUCAGAGCAGCUAUCUGCAGCCCACCAUGUACUUGUGCCGAUUGUGAACAAGGCUACUAUACAUGCGAAGAGCAAAUGCAUCCUGGCUGGUUUUAUCGACGUUCACUUUCCAGCGAUGAAGCCAAACAAAUUGCUGCUUCAUACAUAAAUGUCAUACAACAAGAUCGCAAAUAUUUAACAGAUAGACUCGCGAAGUAUGGGGAUAUCAUUGUUAAUCGAUGGAAGAAGAAAAGUCAAGACAAACGUCAGGCGCUGCUACUUGAAGCCGUUCCAAAUUUGUGCAAGGAAAGGUGGAUCAUCCCACGUCAUGGUUUCACCCCUGAAGGCAAGCAGAUCCCGCCCAUAAAUAGCGAUGGUCAAAUGGAACUGCGCUCUCUAGAAACUCGCCAUCACCUCCUCCUAGAUUGGCAUAGUAAUGUCGUGGAAUUGUGGUCACCCUACACCAAUCAAGCAUUCUCAUCGCCUCCAUCGUUUUCUCUCACCAAUCUGAUCUCGUUGGCUCAAACACGAUUAGAAGCAACCAUCGAUCAUCUUUGGCUAUUGCAGACAGAGCCGGCAUACAUGAAACGAUAUAUCGCGGCCAUGUGCCAUGGAGGUGCUUAUGAGUCGACUAAGGAUAUGGGGCCUGGUUGGCUGGUUGUACGGGGGAUCACUGAAACCAUCAUUUCUUGCUGGAGGUGGGGAUGGGUAAAGAAUGAAUGUGAACGUGUCAAAUCAAUUCAUGAUCGAUUUCGAGACAAUAUUGCACAAGGCGAAGAUCUUCCAUCUAAAUAUGAUAAGGCAUUGGGUGCACUAGAACUCUUGGUAGUGAAUGAUGUCAACCGUCGUGGCGAUCUUCUUGGAAAAACGAUUUCACAGAGACCGGGAUUUUCUCACAUUUAUACGACAACAAGAAAAUCCCAAGAACAUGGGCCUGUCAUCCUCGAAGUGAGCCGGAAGAACGGCUUGCUUUCUGAUUCAAAAUAUGCAUUUGAGAACGAGCUCUUAGAUUAUUGUUUAGCCCAAUUGCAAAUCAAACCGGAUAUUCAACAAACGCCAAACACAUGGCCAAAAGAAGUACCCAUAGAUCAUGCACUAUUAUUCUCUAUUUUAGAGAAUCACCUGGCUAAGAGUAAUAUCAAAGAAAAGUCUCGCCUAGACGAGGCCUUAUCAAAUCUCCUCUCAGAUCUAGCAGCUUCUCAUGAAAUGUUGGCUGCCAUUCGUUUACAUCGACCCCUAAGUAGACCUAGAACCUUAGAUGAGUCACUUUACCACAAUGACGCUUAUACCAAGCUAGGAAAAGCAUUUUUCAAGGAUUUCCACGAGGUUAAAGCCCCCACUGGUCGGGAGGACAUGGCUUGGUUGAAUCACUCUCAAAACACCAGGAAAGCACUGGAGGCAUUCUGGCAGGACAUCAGGAAGGACAGUGUGACGGUUUGGAAGCAGAAUGGCUUCACCGAAGCCGAGAUUGCUGAAGAGCUUGAGUGUAUCAGUGCCACCACUACUCAAGAAUACCUAAGUGCUGUCCAAGCUGAGGAACGGCAGCUACUAGCUCAAAUCGAACAGAACCAGAACACCAAAAUCAAUCAAAAGAGCCAGAAAUCUGCCAAAACACCCACACAAACAACUUGGGGCACGGAAGACCCAACUCAAACCCUCCCAACCCAAACAAAAGCAAAAGACAAAAUUCGCCCCUCUACCAUUGCCCAAUUUUCCCCAAAAAACCCCCAAGAGCUCGCCAACUACCUAGCAAACACAACCGUCUCUCCCCCUAUAACCCCAAAAACUUUCGUCACAAACCGCGCUUACGAGAUGCUUUCUCACAUGUAUCCUUGCACCGCCGAAGACGCGUCCACAAAGAGUAUCGAAUGGGAUCUUUUCGUACAUAAUUUAUAG